AAAAUGUCGCUGUUACUGACGCUGAUCGCUCUUCUAAUAUCGUUGCUUUUAUUUGUUGCACGACGGAAUUAUGGAUAUUGGCAAAGGAGAGGAAUUCCCCACGAUGUGCCUCAUCCACUUUAUGGAAACAUGAAGGACUGGCCGAAGAAAAAAAUGAUGGGCCAGAUCUUCCGGGACUACUAUUUAAAGUACAAGGGCUCGAAUUAUCCAAUCGCUGGCUUUUUUUUCUUUUACACCCGGAACGCUGUGAUCACUGAUUUGGAUAUGGUUAAAAGAAUACUAAUCAAGGACUUUAAUUACUUUGAGGAUCGUGGAGUUUUUUGCAAUGAGAUCGAUGAUCCACUUACGGGUACAUUAUUCAACAUUGAAGGUCAAAAGUGGCGUAAUUUGAGGCACAAGCUUACACCCAGUUUUACGUCCGGAAAAAUGAAGAACAUGUUUCCCAUUGUUGUGAAGGUUGGAGAAGAAUUGGAUAAAAUCUUCAGCGGCAAAACAACCACAGGUGAAGGUCAGGUAAUUGAAAUUGUGGAUCUAGUGGGGCGAUAUACAGCUGAUGUAAUUGGUAACUGCGCCUUUGGUCUCAAUUGCAAUAGUUUGCAAAAUCCCAAUGCCGACUUUGUGACUUUUGGCAAACGAGCGGUUCACGAACGGCCAUAUGGAGGACUAUUGGAUUUCUUACUUUUCGGCUUUCCAAACCUAUCUCGCCGUUUGCGCCUUAAAUUUAACGUCCAGGAAGUAGAGGACUUUUAUUUUAGAAUCGUGAGAGAAACAGUCGACUACAGGUUAAAGAACAAGGAGAAGCGAAAUGACCUAAUGGACAGUUUAAUUGAAAUGUACAAGAAGGAACAGGCUGGAAACACUGAGGAUGGACUCACCUUCAAUGAGGUGGUGGCCCAAGCUUUUCUUUUCUUUGUCGCUGGGUUCGAGACGAGCUCUACGACCAUUGGAUUCGCGCUCUAUGAAAUGGCCCGCAACCAGGAUGUUCAGAAUAAAGUCAGGGAAGAGAUCAACAAUGUUCUGGGCAAGCACAACAACGAGUUUACCUACGAGGGAAUCAAAGAGAUGAAGUAUCUGGAGCAGGUCGUCAUGGAAACCCUCCGCAAGUACCCUGUUCUGGCACAUCUAACAAGAAUGACCGGGUCGGACUAUUCGCCCGAAGAUCCCAAGUCCUUUAUUGCCAAGGGCACUAUUGUUGUGAUUCCAAUUCUAGGCAUUCACAAUGAUCCGGAAAUCUAUCCCGAUCCUGAGAAAUUUAACCCGGAUCGUUUUACGGAUGAGGCAAUCGCUGCGAGACCCUCCUGCACCUGGCUUCCAUUUGGCGAAGGACCGCGACACUGCAUCGGUCUUCGAUUUGCUCUGAUGCAAGCCUGCGUGGGAUUGGCCCAUCUGAUCAGGGGCUAUAAGUUCAGAUUUGCGCCCCAGACGGAACAGAAAAUUAAUUUUGCCCUGGAAAGCGUUCUAAUGUCAGCCAAAAAUGGAAUUCACCUUCAUGUUGAGAAGAUUUAA